AUGGGUUCAAUUGCAUUCCUUGCUUGUGCCUUGGUUUGCCUGUUUAUAUCUUCAACAGAUGCGUCAUCUGCUAAUUGGCAGUGGCAGUACAACACGUCCGUCUGCUUCAACGAUGGCGAGAAUGCCACAAUAACAUGGAGAGUGACUCUGAACUCGGGGGAAGAAGUUGGAGCUGUGAGUGUCUCGCAACGAAAGCCUGUAGUGUUUGGUUCAGUGGUCGAGAUGUAUUCUACAGUUACAGGAAAGGGCUCAGCGUUCAGUGAUCGAGUAAUGAUGUUAUCCUACUCGGGUUUAUCUCCUGUGUAUUAUGUAAUGUUUACGCUGAAGGUUAACAACAGCGAGGAUGAAUUCGGCACCUACGAAAUACGAUGUAAUGUAAACUCAAAAAACUACCUCGUUGGGCAGCCUCCAUCAGACACUCUACUCAAAGUGCAGGUUCCACCAAGCAGCGUUAUUAUAACCCCACCGAGCCCUACCGUGACCGAGCGUGACCAAGUGAACCUGACGUGUUCAGCUGAUGGUACUCCUCCACCAACCUUCACAUGGAUCAGCCCUCAGGGGCACACCGUAGCACACGGACCGUCCUACACCAUUCCCAUGGUGCACCGCGACAUGUCAGGGGUAUACACGUGCGUGGCUACUGACGGAUGUGGACGGAAUCACACCAUGGAUGCGACACUCGCUGUGAGAUAUAAACCAGAAAACACCAAAUUAAUACCAAAUGAGCAUAUCGGCUGUGUCAGGGAUGUUGUCUCGUUAAAUUGCUCAGCGUUGGCUAACCCAAACAACAUCAAUUACACUCUGUAUCGCAAUGAUACGGCGCUUGCAUCAAAUAUGAACGGAAAAUUUGUCAUUAGUCUUAACACUUCUGGCUUGAGUAUCUUCAAGUGUGUUCCCAGUAACGAGGUGGGAGAUGGAGAAAACAAGAUCGGCUUCUUCGCUGUCAAAGAUCCGCCACGAAUAACAAGCUUUACCUCGCCAAAAAUCGAAGUCGAAGGAUCCGGUGUAACAAUGCGAUGCAUCGCAUCUGGUACAGCGCCGUUAAGAGUUGCGAUUUUCCACCCAAACGGCUCUGUGCUGACCAACACUGGGAUCUACACGUUCAGUCCUAUCACGAGAAGAGAUGGAGGGACCUACACAUGCACCGUGAACAACGGCAACGAGUGUUCAAAUGAUACAAACACAACGAGUAUCACUGUUAACUAUAAACCAGAAAACACCAAAUUAAUACCAAAUGAGCAUAUCGGCUGUGUCAGGGAUGUUGUCUCGUUAAAUUGCUCAGCCUUGGCUAACCCAAACAACAUCAACUACACUCUGUAUCGCAAUGAUACGGCUCUUGCCUCAAAUAUGAACGGAACAUUUGUCAUUAGUCUUAACGCUUCUGGCUUGAGUAUCUUCAAGUGUGUUCCCAGUAACGAGGUGGGAGAUGGAGAAAACAAGAUCGGCUUCUUCGCUGUCAAAGAUCCGCCACGAAUAACAAGCUUUACCUCGCCAAAAAUCGAAGUCGAAGGAUCCGAUGUAACAAUGCGAUGCAUCGCAUCUGGUACAGCGCCGUUAAGAGUUGCGAUUUUCCACCCAAACGGCUCUGUGCUUACCAACACUGGGAUCUACACGUUCAGUCCUAUCACGAGAAGAGAUGGAGGGACCUACACAUGCACCGUGAACAACGGCAACGAGUGUUCAAAUGACACAAACACAACGAGUAUCACUGUUAACUAUAAACCAGAAAACACCAAAUUAAUACCAAAUGAGCAUAUCGGCUGUGUCAGGGAUGUUGUCUCGUUAAAUUGCUCAGCCUUGGCUAACCCAAACAACAUCAACUACACUCUGUAUCGCAAUGAUACGGCUCUUGCCUCAAAUAUGAACGGAACAUUUGUCAUUAGUCUUAACGCUUCUGGCUUGAGUAUCUUCAAGUGUGUUCCCAGUAACGAGGUGGGAGAUGGAGAAAACAAGAUCGGCUUCUUCGCUGUCAAAGAUCCACCACGAAUAACAAGCUUUACCUCGCCAAAAAUCGAAGUCGAAGGAUCCGAUGUAACAAUGCGAUGCAUCGCAUCUGGUACAGCGCCGUUAAGAGUUGCGAUUUUCCACCCAAACGGCUCUGUGCUGACCAACACUGGGAUCUACACGUUCAGUCCUAUCACGAGAAGAGAUGGAGGGACCUACACAUGCACCGUGAACAACGGCAACGAGUGUUCAAAUGACACAAACACAACGAGUAUCACUGUUAACUAUAAACCAGAAAACACCAAAUUAAUACCAAAUGAGCAUAUCGGCUGUGUCAGGGAUGUUGUCUCGUUAAAUUGCUCAGCCUUGGCUAACCCAAACAACAUCAACUACACUCUGUAUCGCAAUGAUACGGCUCUUGCCUCAAAUAUGAACGGAACAUUUGUCAUUAGUCUUAACGCUUCUGGCUUGAGUAUCUUCAAGUGUGUUCCCAGUAACGAGGUGGGAGAUGGAGAAAACAAGAUCGGCUUCUUCGCUGUCAAAGAUCCGCCACGAAUAACAAGCUUUACCUCGCCAAAAAUCGAAGUCGAAGGAUCCGGUGUAACAAUGCGAUGCAUCGCAUCUGGUACAGCGCCGCUAAGAGUUGCGAUUUUCCACCCAAACGGCUCUGUGCUGACCAACACUGGGAUCUACACGUUCAGUCCUAUCACGAGAAGAGAUGGAGGGACCUACACAUGCACCGUGAACAACGGCAACGAGUGUUCAAAUGAUACAAACACAACGAGUAUCACUGUUAACUAUAAACCAGAAAACACCAAAUUAAUACCAAAUGAGCAUAUCGGCUGUGUCAGGGAUGUUGUCUCGUUAAAUUGCUCAGCCUUGGCUAACCCAAACAACAUCAACUACACUCUGUAUCGCAAUGAUACGGCGCUUGCCUCAAAUAUGAACGGAACAUUUGUCAUUAGUCUUAACGCUUCUGGCUUGAGUAUCUUCAAGUGUGUUCCCAGUAACGAGGUAGGAGAUGGAGAAAACAAGAUCGGCUUCUUCGCUGUCAAAGGUAUUUUCUAUCGUGAAUCUUUAUAAUAUGUGAUCGUUUCUACCUUUGCAUCCUCGAAAACCCAGGGGUAUUUUCCUCUAACGUUUCA